GUGUAGUCCUAAUAUCUACCUGCUUCGAUAGCAUUGCAAAUCCACACCUGUACAGGAGGGGCAACCAGCGAGCCUGCGGCCAUGGCGAGACCACGUGGGCUGAUGGAGCUCUUCAAGUUUGCCUGCUAUGUUGGCAUCCCUAUCUCCAUGAUGGUGGUCUUUGCGAACAACCCCGACAAUCUCGAGAAGAUCAUCCGCAAUCGUCAGUAUGUUGUGUACCCUCCCGAGGGCCCCCGGCCCCCCUCCGGAGACGAGAUGGCUGAAAUUGUGAAGAAGAACCGGGACGCGCAUAAGGACAAGCCAUGAGCGUUUGGCAACUCAGCAAGUAGUCGGGUGGCUAAUUGUCCGGCUCAAACGCCGGGCUUCGGAGUCCCAAGUGAAGGGGAACGCACGACUGCUAAUGUUAUUAGGCUCCUGUAAGCUGUAGAGAAAGUUGGUUACCACUUUCUCAAAAAGGUGCCAAGUACUCAGAGAAAUUGAGCACCGCAGCUCUGCGCACUGAAAACCUCGUGGACCCAGUAGGAAGUUCUUCGCUUCAGUCAGGCUACAGAUUGGCUGUGCACCUCUCCACUCCCCUCCUUAUCUAGAUUCCCUGCUCUAAAGUUGCAUUCAUGGCCAGCUCGGCCGGGUGGCCUUUCCGCAACGGGGGGUUCAGAGGCUUCGAUCUCGGGGUUUUGGGGGGCCCCCGCCAGAAACACGUCCGGCGCUGCGACCCGUCCGACACUUCGGACGUUUUGCAGUCCCCCUCGUACGACCCCAAGCAGGCAUAUGCCAGCGCCUACUUGCAAGCGGGGUUGGGGCACGCAGGGGUGGCGUUUGUCGGUGACGUCAUCGCGCAGCGUGUGGAGGGGCGAUGGGGAACCAAGAUCCGGGACCCCCCCCGCCAAGAGCGCGAGAUUUUGGAAUUUCUGGUGGGGGGGGAGUGGGCAGAGAAGUGGGCAGCCUGGCGCGCGCGGGGGGUGGCGGAGCGGCGGCGGCGGCGGCGGGAGGAGAAGGAGCGACGAGCGCAGGAGGUCGAGGCGGGGUCCGACGACGAGGGGGGGACGCCGGUGAAGCCUCCUCUGGCUGAUGUCAGCAAAAGCGGGUUGGAAAGCGGGCCAACAAGCUUGGUUGAUCGCGGGGUGGUGGAGAGUAGUUUCAGUCCUCAGGGGGGGCCUGGCGAGCAGGGAAUGGAGGGGUGUGUGGGGAACAGCGAGGGCGUGCUGUCGUUUGUCCACUCCGCCUUCAAGGGUUUCCUUAACCUGUCCCCGUUAGCAAAGAACCAGACUGAAAAUGCAUCCUCGGGCGCUGGCGGCACCUCCGAAAACAGGGCCCGUCCCGCAGGCCCGUCUCAGGAGUUGCGGAGCAGGCCCCGUCACGACCCGGAUGAUCCCCCCGGGUACAGUCUGCUGCGGUCGCUGCGGAUGGCGAGUUUUGCGUUCUUUGUGGACCACCCGCUGACGAACUUUUGGAUGCAAUCGAUCCGGUACAACCCCCGGAACGACCCGACGGAAAAGGCGGUUGUGAAGUUAGUGCUCACCGAGGCGGUGUUAACGCCCGCGCGCAUCGUGCUGUUGUUCACGUGGGACUCAUUACUGCAGCGGAAGCCAAAGCGGAUCUUACGGAAGCUGAGGACGGACUUCCGGCCGGCCGUGGUGCGGAGCCUCCAGGUGGCGGCGUUUGAGAAUGUCGCAUUCUACGGGCUGAGUAAAGAGAUCCGCUUGCGAGAGGAAGUUGUGUAUGCGGCGGUCGGGCUGCCUGUGUCGCUGUACAUGAACUAUUUCCAGUCGACGAUGACCGCCCCCUCGGCAGAAGGCUAG